AUGCCAACUCUUAUUUCCGGAAUGUUUCCUAGGCUUAGCCAGCCUCCUGCGUUCCCGACAAUAAAUUCAUUAAGCAGUCAGGUUACACCUAUGACGAGUGAUACAACGAGGUUUGAAGGUCCACUCGCGCGUAGGAAUGCAGCGAGCAUAGCGAAAUUUCUGAGCACUGCAAUUGAAGUUCCACCAUUUACGACAGGUAGUACGGCAAGCAGUACAGCGAACGUCAGCCAAGAUCGAGGGCAGAACACAAAAUCUUUGAAAAGUAUCCUCAUUGGUGUGGGGGUGGCUGCCACCGCAAUAGUAGGCCUCUUGGUAGCCAUCCUAUUGGUCUAUUGUAGACGACGCAAACGACGACUCUCAGGGAGGGAUAACCGUAUAGUCAACCCAUUUACCAAACAAUCCUCACCUACUCAUGCAUCGCAACCCCCGGAUACGCUCGAAAUCGCAAAGAAAUACAUUGAUGUGCUAGAAAACCAGAUAGAAAGAAUGCGACGCGAGGCAGCCACAGCAACGGCAACUACACAAUCACAAGCCGGCCCAAGUACAUUAGACACACCUUCUUUAGGAGAGCCGGCAAAGGCUGCACCUCCCCCUCAGUACGAAUCGAUAUAA